CAUUCACAUCCCUCCAGUACUUCCAUCCCACCGGCUAGCUCUUUCAGCUACUUACCGUCAUAUCGUUUCCGCCCAUAAUGACUGAGGUCAAGGAAUUAUUGUCGGAGAAAUGGCACUCCGGCAACCACAUUUCCGUCGCCAAGAGAAACAAGAAGCUCUUCUUGGCUCUUUUCGCAACUCUCUUGCUUGCUGCUGCUAUUGUUGGCAUCGUCGCCGGAGUUAAUUCCCGAAAGGAUUCCGACGACGGCGUCCACUCGGCUUCCCAUGCCUUACUUAAAAGCUCAUGUAGCAGCACAUUGUACCCUGAUUUAUGCUUCUCGUCUCUUGCCUCUGUCCCCGGCGCAACCGCAAAAUUAUCCAGCAAAAGGGACGUCAUUGAAGCUUCUUUGAACCUCACGAAAGAAGCCGUUCAACACAACUACUUGGCCGUAAAGAAGCUGAUCAAAACCAGGAAGAAUCUCACCAAGCGUGAAAAGACAGCUCUCAAUGAUUGCCUGGAGAACAUUGAUGAAACUCUGGACGAGAUCAAAAAGGCCUUGGAAGAACUCCAAGAGUACCCCAACAAGAAAUCCUUGUCCCUCCAUGCUGAUGACCUCAAAACCCUGAUUAGCUCUGCAAUAACCAACCAGGAAACUUGCCUAGACGGGUUCUCGCACGAUGAAGCCGAUAAAAAAGUCCGGAAGGUUUUGCUAGCAGGUGAGAUCCAUGUAGAACGUCUGUGUAGCAAUGCGCUGGCCAUGAUCAAGAACAUGACAGAUACCGACAUAGCCAACGAGAGUAAGACGGCGAAUCGGAAGCUUAAGGAGGUCGACGCGGAUGAAAUAAAGUGGCCGGAGUGGAUGUCGGCAGCGGACAGGCGGCUUCUGCAAUCAUCUUCCGUGACACCGAACGUGGUGGUGGCUGCAGAUGGCAGUGGCGACUACAAAACUGUGUCGGCAGCAGUGGCGGCUGCACCGGAUGACAGUAACACGAGGUACGUGAUCAGGAUCAAGGCGGGUGUAUACAGGGAAAAUGUGGACGUGACAAAAAAGAAGAAGAACAUCAUGUUUCUGGGAGAUGGGAGAAAGACCACCAUCAUCACAGCAAGCAGAAACGUGGUGGAUGGAAGUACCACCUUCAACUCCGCCACAGUAGCCGCGGUCGGCGAGAGAUUCCUAGCCCGUGACAUAACCUUCGAAAACACGGCCGGUCCUUCGAAGCACCAAGCUGUAGCUCUCCGUGUAGGUGCUGACCUCUCAGCAUUCUACCGAUGCGACAUGCUUGCGUACCAAGACACUCUUUACGUGCACUCAAACCGUCAAUUUUACGUGGGCUGCCUUGUCGCCGGCACGGUCGAUUUCAUCUUCGGCAAUGCCGCCGCCGUGCUCCAAGACUGCGACAUUCACGCACGCCGCCCGAAUUCCGGUCAAAAGAACAUGGUGACAGCCCAAGGGCGAACCGACCCCAAUCAGAACACUGGAAUCGUGAUCCAAAAGAGCAGAAUCGGAGCCACUUCUGAUCUUCUACCCGUUCAGAGUAGCUUCCCCACGUAUCUCGGCCGACCAUGGAAGGAGUACUCUAGGACCGUCAUCAUGCAGACCGCGAUAAGCGAUGUAAUCCACCCUGCCGGAUGGCACGAGUGGAGCGGGACUUUUGCACUUGCCACGUUGUUCUAUGGGGAGUAUCAGAACACCGGGGCUGGCGCUGGAACCGCGAACAGGGUGACAUGGGAAGGGUUCAAGGUGAUCACCAGCGCUACCGAGGCCCAAGCUUACACUCCUGGAAGCUUCCUUGCUGGCAGUAGUUGGUUGGGAUCCACCGGUUUCCCAUUUUCUCUUGGACUUUGAUCCAAAGCCUGUGUUUUUGUUGUGCCUGUGGUGCCAAUAAGGGAGGUAGAAGUAGCAAGGCUUAGUUUGCUGAGUCCUCUGUGGCAAUGUUUACCAUAAAUUCGACGUAAGAAUUAGUGCCUGCGAAUCAGGUCCGCCCGACAUCAUCAAUUGUCUUCGAUCGGGCAUAGCUAGAGUGUAUGGCUUUCAAAUUUUCAAUGCUAAUUAGCUCAAUAGAGCGCAUUUUGCCA